AUGGGAAAUUCUUUUGGCUGUUCAGCUUCUGGGGAGAGAUUGGUGUCUGCGGCCAGGGAUGGUGAUUUGGUUGAAGCAAAGAUGCUUUUGGAAUUCAAUCCUGGUCUUGCUAAAUAUUCAACCUUUGGUGGUCUUAAUUCACCUCUUCAUUUUGCUGCUUCCAAGGGUCAUAACGAGAUUGUGGCAUUGUUGCUUGAGAAGGGAGCUGAUGUGAAUUCGAGAAAUUAUUGUGGGCAGACAGCUUUGAUGCAAGCUUGUAGACAUGGUCAUUGGGAAGUUGUGCAGACCCUUAUGCUCUACCGAUGCAAUGUUAUGAAAGCAGAUUAUCUUAGUGGGAGGACAGCUCUUCACUUUGCAGCUGUCAGUGGGCAUGUUAGAUGCAUUAGACUUGUUGUGGCUGACUUCGUUCCAAGUGCUCCUUAUGAAACUCUACAUGCUAGCAUGGAUGCUGACGUGAUUGAUGGAUCAAAUACGAAAAGAAAAAACGAGCAAAGUACAUUGUCCAAGUUUGUAAACAAGACGGCUGAUGCUGGUAUUACUGCACUUCACAUGGCUGCAUUGAACGGCUAUUUCGAUUGUGUACAACUCCUACUUGAUCUUAACGCAAAUGUGUCAGCUGCAACAUAUCAUUAUGGAACACCAAUGAAUGUUAUUAAUGAUUAUGGAGCAGAUGCCUUGCGUUUGUAUCUUAUAAACUCUCCUGUUGUGCAUGCUGAGCCGCUUCGUUUCAAGAAGGAAGUAGUUUAUGGUGUUGUUAGAAAUGUUUUCCUUCCCUGGUAUAGCUUCUUCCCAGAUUCGGUUUGGUGGAGUAAAGGGUUGUUUAGAACAUCGUUUACCAUGUUUGGAAUUGAAUAA